CGCUUGUUUCUGAUUAGUUGAAUUUCAAACGGUCAAACUCAAAACUAGGCGGUUGUAUCUUGUAUAGUGUAAGAGUUCGGAGAUCGUCAACAACGCGUGCGAGCUAUGUCAAUCGGUAUUUACAACGAUAUAUUAAAACUGGUGCGUUUUACAGCGGUUAAGUAAAUUUGGCGGACGCAGGAUCAAAUUGGCCACUGCAAGUUGGUAGACUCACGCUGUCGAAAUGACAACUUCACUGUCGAUAUUGGCCUCUCACGAUGAGCUGGUACGUUGUACCAAUGUACUCGUCAACGGAUCGUGCGAAGAAGAAUUUCUGCGCUUUGCUAUCAACCAGGAAGAGAUGCGACAAAAAUGGUUGGCAUCUGUACAGGAAUGCCAGCGACUUCAUUCUGCUUUGGAAAAAUCUCAUUUAGAGUCGGCAGAUCUAGAAAGAAAAUUAAGUCAUGCUCGUCGACUUCUUGACGAGGAAAAACGACGAAGACGUAUCGUUGAAGAUCAACGUAACUCGUUGGAACGACAAAUAUCCAUGGUUCGUGACUUGUUCCUACAUGAUGGAGGUAGAAACCUGAAUGAUGAAACACGUGAAAAGUUGCAAUUCCUCAAUAAUACAACAUUAAAUAAUCGCAGCAGCAACGUUCAUCUAAAAGACUUGCAUCACGCUGAUAAGCUUAAUACAAUAGCAGAAUUGGAUUCUACCGGGUCUCUGCUUAGCGAUCUGAGUUGUUUUUCAAAAUCGGAGGACGACUUGGACGCGAGUGUCAUGCUCCAGCAAAAUCAAAAGAAACGGGAAUGGAAAGAGCACAGACCAAGCGGGGAAUAUUCAACCAAGAAAAGGCGCAGCAGCAUUCAGAAAGCUGUAGACUUGAAUACAUCAGAUCGGAUAGUAGCGACAACUACUGUUGUUCUGCCCAAGGAUGGGCCCAUCACAGCGUCUUCUGUGAUUGAAGCAAAGCCUGGGAAUGAAAAUGAAGAUCCAAAUACUCAAAUAAAACAGAGCCCCCACAAAUAUCGCACGAGUGCUGACCGCUCCAGACAAAAAAGUUCACACGUGGAUGCAAAAAAUCCAUUGAUGGACGUGGAGCCUUCAGCUCCAAAAGCCGACAUCAUGACUUCCGGUUCAGAUUCCGAAGGUGUAUUUAAGCCCAGCCCUAAUAUCGGUGGAUAUACUUUGAACAUUAAAUCGUCCAGGGGUCACACUUUCACGGCAAAGACUGUUAUCAAGCCAGAAGUAUGCACUCCUUGUGGCAAACGUAUUCGAUUCGGACGCGUAGCUUUGAAAUGCAGAGAGUGCAGAGCUACUUCUCACGCCGAAUGUAAAGACCUAGUACCAUUGCCGUGCGUACCUGCAGGAAAUACUCCGACUUUGCGUGGUAUUUCUGGUACAAUUGCAGAUUAUACCCCCAUGAUACCACCCAUGGUGCCGUCGCUGGUGGUACACUGCAUAAAUGAGGUCGAACUGAGGGGAAUGGGCGAACAAGGUUUAUACAGGGUGAAUGGCGGUUCGAGCGACGUUAAAUGCUUGAAGGACAAAUUUUUGAAAGGAAAGGGUGCACCCAACCUUUCCGACAUUGAUAUACCGACUAUUUGUUCAACUUUGAAAGAUUUCUUGAGAACUCUUCGCGAACCUUUGAUCACAGUCGGACUAUGGGCAGAUUUUGCAAGAGCGACGGCCAUUUCUGAUAAACAGGAUGCUGAUGCUGCUCUUUACCAAGCGAUAUCGGAAUUACCGCAACCGAAUCGCGAUACAUUAGCAUUCUUGAUUCUCCAUUUGCAGCGAGUGUCGAGCAGUCCAGAAUGCAAAAUGCCGAUCACUAAUCUUGCCAAAGUAUUCGGACCAACUCUUGUCGGCUAUAGCUGCCAGGAACCAUCUCCAAACUCAAUGCUAAGUGAAACAAAAAGCCAAGUUGCAAUAGUGGAAAGUCUGUUGAAGAUUCCGUCAGAUUAUUGGGCAAAUUUUGUCAACUCCGAAGGUCUAAACGGAGUGGGAACACCGAAAACUGGGGAACUUAGACACACUCCGUCUACAGAGUCACUUUUAAAACGAACAGCAUCUAGGGGAUUUUUCAAUACUCCUAUCAGUUCAAGCCGAACGUUCAUGAGAAAAAACAAAAAAUACUUUGCGACACCACCAUCAAAAAGCGGGUACUAAAACGGUGAAUGGCUUUAAAAAUUUUUUUUUCAUCCUCUUUUUAUAAAUUACGGGCGUAAUAGUUAGCCUAGAAUAACCGUAUAUUUAAAUUUUUCUCCAGCAGAAUUUUACUCACAUAACAGGUACUUUUUAAUUUGAUAAUAUUUUUCAAUUCUGCGUCCAUUCAUCUGAAGCUUCUUUGAACUUUUGCUUUGUAGCUAGUAAAUCUUACGAAUACUUAGAAUUAAAAUAUCAAAUAAUGAAAUAUUUUGUCAAAGCUAUAAGCUAAAUGAAAUGCCUUCUUUGAGCUGCAUGCGGCUCGUUUUUGGCAUAAUUAAAAUUGGAUAAUUACUUCUGAUAAUAUGAGCUUACAUAUCGGCGCUAGUUUCUCAUGAGGACUAAAAUCCGUUUCAUAGUGUUGGAAUGAUAAUUAUUUUUCAAUUACAAAUUUAAUCAGUGUACAAUUUAGCUCUAUUUUUUUCUGUUCAACUUUACGCAUAAGUAUUAUAACACAAGUGAUCAGAUCACUAUUGAUGACAGCGUGUAAAUUAAAAAUCCACUAAUCACAAUGUAAUUUUUUUGUCUCCAUACAAAUUAUCUGGGCCUGUCGAAAGGAACACUUAUUUAUUUUUCAAUACAAAAUAUCUAAUAAAAUGGAUAACUUUCUAGUUAAUAUUAAUAUUAAUUAAUGUAUUACUUUAGACGUUGCAAAUAAAAGAUUUAAACCUGACUUUCUUAUAUUGUUAAUAUUAUUCUUAAUAUUCUGUAAAUUUCACUUUUGUAUAGUAACGGCAAGAAUAGGAAUUUCAGGCUGUAUAGGCCAGCUUAAAACUACCACGAUUAAUCCAACUUUUUUUCAUAUGUAUUUCUUAGUUGCUCACUGAAUCAUUUUAAACUGAGCAAACCAGCACUCGUAUAGUAUUUUGAAAUGUCCAAUAAAUUCCCGAAAACAGAUAGCGAGGCCAUUGAAUUUCAGAACACUGGGAUGUACUUAAUUACUCGGUUCGGGAACACGUUUUCUCUUUGAGUUCCCAGCAUGACUCCCAGUACUGUCUUAAUCUGUUGU